CGGACUUGUGCCCCCCGCCGAGGAGAGCGAGCCGCCGCCUGCGAGCGCGGAUCCUGGGCAGGGGAGGACAGGGUGAAAGAAAGACAAACUAAACGCCAAAGAACCCCCAGCGUCUGCGGUCGCCUGCUUUUAUUUUUUUUUUUUAAUUAUUUCGAAAAAUAUAUUGCGCUGUUUUUGGCAAUUUGUGCCGCGUGCGGAGUUGUUUUCCGCACGCCCCUGACAAACAAAGGAAAAGGGGGAGGGGGACCGCGCUUCGCAGAAGACAUGCGUUCAGUCAGGAAGAGGUGGACUGUGUGCACGAUAAGUCUCCUCCUCAUCUUUUACAAGACGAAAGAAAUAGCGCGGACCGAGGAGCGCCAGGAGGCACCGCUCGCCGGAGAUGGUGAACUGAGUUUGAGUAGAUCAAUGAUCAAUAGCUCUGAUAAGAUAAUUCGAAAGGGUGGCUCCUCAAUCUUCCAGCAUGCUGUAGAAGGUUGGAAAAUCAAUUCUUCUUUGGUACUGGAAAUAAGAAAGAACAUUCUUCGAUUCUUGGAUGCUGAAAGAGAUGUCUCAGUGGUCAAAAGCAGCUUCAAGCCAGGAGAUGUAAUCCAUUAUGUACUGGACAGACGUCGCACCCUAAACAUUUCUCAGGAUUUGCACAGCCUUCUUCCUGAAGUUUCCCCAAUGAAGAAUCGUCGAUUUAAAACCUGUGCAGUUGUUGGGAAUUCUGGCAUCCUUCUGGACAGUGGAUGUGGAAAAGAGAUUGAUAGCCAUGACUUUGUAAUAAGGUGCAAUCUAGCUCCUGUGGUGGAGUUUGCUGCCGAUGUGGGAACUAAAUCUGAUUUUAUUACCAUGAACCCAUCAGUUGUACAAAGAGCAUUUGGAGGCUUUCGGAAUGAGAGUGACAGAACAAAAUUUGUGCAUAGACUAUCCAUGCUGAAUGACAGUGUCCUUUGGAUCCCUGCUUUCAUGGUCAAAGGCGGAGAGAAGCAUGUGGAGUGGGUUAAUGCAUUAAUCCUUAAGAAUAAAUUGAAAGUGCGAACCGCCUAUCCAUCACUGAGACUUAUUCAUGCUGUCAGAGGCUAUUGGCUGACAAACAAGGUCCACAUUAAACGACCCAGCACUGGUCUCCUCAUGUAUACGCUUGCCACCAGAUUUUGUGAUGAAAUUCACCUGUAUGGAUUUUGGCCAUUCCCAAAGGAUUUACAUGGAAAACCUGUCAAGUAUCAUUAUUAUGAUGAUCUGAAGUAUCGGUACUUUUCUAAUGCCAGUCCUCAUAGGAUGCCAUUAGAGUUUAAAACAUUGUAUGUAUUACAUAACAGAGGAGCACUGAAAUUAACAACAGGGAAAUGCGUACAGCAAUAAAGCACAUGUAAAGUACAAUAAGAAGUACAGAAUACACACUUCAUCAUAAAGAUGUUGUGGAAUGGCAAUGGGAUCCCGGUGAGGAUAUGUUUAGUACCCACAAAGCCAUCGGAAAAGGGAAUAUUAUCAGAAGUAACCAGCUAUUAUACCUGUAAAGUGCUAUAUAACUAAGCUAUCUUGACUGCAAGGGUUCAAGUAAGUGCCACUUUCACUAA